UCUUCCACAUGGCCUCCAACAAGGCAGAAGCCGAAGCGUGUGUUUGAUCCUCAACAACCCCAGUGUCAGAGAAAAGAAGAGGGAGUAAACACCGCGUUGUACGCGCAACUCGCACUUUAAUAAUCACGUGAAAUGGGUAAAAGUAAAACCACUAAGUUUAAACGUCCGCACUUCAACUCGGUCGGGCUGCCGGUGACUGCGGUGAAGGAAGGAGAUGGCGAGGAGGAAGAGCAUGGUGAUGAUAGCUGUCCAGCUGCGGAGUUGCUUGAGAAAUUGCAGAGUCCCAGCGCUGAUGUGCGAGAGUUUGCAUGUGCCAGUAUUUCUCGGGUGGUGCAGCAGAGUCAGACCAUUCCGGGUUUCCUCCAGAGGGAUGCUGUUAGGCGCCUGGGUCCCAUGUUGCUGGACCGGAGCCUGGCUGUCAGAGAGACUGCCACUGGAGCUCUCAGGAAUCUGAGUGCAUGUGGAGGUCAGGAGGUGUGUGAGGACAUGGUGAAGCACGACGUCAUGACUCCUUUGACAGCACUGCUUAGAGAGUGCUGUGCUGGCUUUGAAAGUGCCAUUGUGUCGAUGAAAGACCAAAGUAAUGCAGUGGAGGAUGUAGCCAAUGAAGCUGUACACUUACUGUGGAAUCUAUGUGAAAGCAGCAGCCAGGCGUUGUCUGUGUUUAACAAAUCCGGUCUCUUGGAUGUGGUUGUUCAGUGCCUGGAGAAACACCCACACAACCUGGAACUAGCCAUAUCUGCUGCUCACUGUUUGCACACUGUGACUGAGGAUAACCCAGAGCUGCUUUGUAGCAUGAACACUGCUGUGCUCGGAGCCCUGGAGAAUGUGCUGCUGUCAUCUCAACCAGGCGUGACACAAACUCUCCUCAGGACACUGGCUGCAGGUACGCUGUGGAACAUGAAGAGUAGUCUGCCUGCUGCUCGUCAGGCCGAGACCGUCAACGCUGUGGUUGCUACCUUAUCACAAUGCCUGGAUUUGGAUGCAGGUAUGCUAAUACCUGAACUUAGACAAGCAGAGGAGCUUCGCCACAGAAACGCCCCAGCUGUGUCAGACAUAGAGGGCCAAGCUCCAGAAGAGCUCGCUGAGGAGGAGAUGAUUGAAGAGGAGGAAGCACCUAAACAGAAGAGGAAUGGAAAAGCUGCGAAAGUUGAUAAUGACUUCUCUGACCUCUUGCCUAGGGGGAAGGAGGAGCUGAGGGAGGCAACGGCCUUGCUGACAGCCCAGCAAACGUCCUUGGAGAUCAUCGUCAACAUGUGCUGCUCUGACGACCCUUCUGAUGACGAGUGGGAGGAGGAAUCAAGCAGUGAUGAAAGUGACAUGGGUCCUGAUGGUCUUUGUGAUGGAGUGUCCAAUCUGAUGUCUCCAUUGUGCUUGUCAGCUGAAGUUCAAGGAGCUUUGAUCAACCACAGCAUACCACAAAAGGUUCUAAAGAAGACAGAGUUCCCUAAAAAGGAAACUGUGGAUUUGUGCCAUCAAAAUCCCUCCUGGAGAGGCCUGAUAAAAAAGAUGGAGCGCGUUCAAUCCCGGGCACUGACUUGCCUCCACAGUAUCCUCUCCACCAUGGAUGCAGAGUCUUUGGGUGGUGCGACAGCCCUGCAGGAAGCAGCACAGCAUCUCUCCUCUCUGGUCUUUGGUGCUCCAGAGAUUCCCAAAGACGAGGAGUUUCUAGAGGCUGUCAUCAGCGCCAUGCGAUCUCUUUUACAGAUGAUUGCCUCCAAAAAUAUCCCACAGUGUAUGACCCCCCAGCAGCUGAUGAGCUUGAGCGAAACGGCCACCCGCUGUGAUGUUGUCAGCGUGAGGGUCAACGCCGUCGCCAUUCUUGGCAUCACUGGCAGCACAUUAGCCAAAGAGAAGGACACUGCAGAAACCCUCCAGAUGAUCGGAAAUGCGUUGCUUCAAGUUGCCACAAGGGAUGCUGAACUCGUUGUAAAUGGAGAAGCCCUUGAUGCUUUGUUUGAUGUGUUUGCGGAUGGAGAGGAGGCAGAGACAGCUGCAAAAAAUAUCAGUCUACUGCCUGCACUGAAGACACUACAGCCUGUCUUCAAGACCAAGAUUCGUAAAGAAGGAAAAGGCAAAUACAGCCCUCAGCAGCUGUGUGUGCUGGAUAACAUCAGAGUGAACCUGAGAAGAUUUAUUGGUUAUCUGGAGAAGGUGUUGAAAAAAUGAGGACUAUAAAAGCCUGUUUGGUUUGGACAAAUAUGCUAGCAGGAGCAUAGAACGAGACAGAAUAUGGUUGUGAAACCAACAAGUAUUUAUGUUUAUAUUCUUUAAAUGAUGGUUUACUGUUUGUUGUGCAGAGCGAAGGGAAUGUAAUAACCGUUAUUGUAUGCUGGAGUUGGCAGGUUUUUUCCCCACCUAAAUUUAACUCAAAACAAUUUUGAGACUGAGUUUGUGUAUUCAUGUCUGAUUGAAACAUUUUUUAAAGAUCAGGUGUGGGAUCUGACACUACCUUUUCUUAUGGGCAUCCUUCUUUGAAUCCAGCGGGCUUGACAUUGGUGUUUGCAGUACUUCUACAAGAAGGCUGAUCUAUUCAAAGUAUCUGUAUAAUUAUGAGGGGGAUUAUGUUGAUGGCAUUUACCAUCUGGAUAUGCAUUGUACUUUGGAAUUCUAAGUUGUUGUUUUUUUUUUCCAAUGAAGACACUGGUCUACAUACACAUUUUUUCAGUAAUUGAAGGAGAUUGAUGGUAAAUUUUGUAGAUUUUUUUAAUUUGUCAGUAAAAUUAUAAACAGAUCUGAACUGUCUAAAUCCCAGAAUUCUCUGUUUUGGUCAUAAUGUGGAUAUCAUCAUACGUGACUGACAAAAAUUCACGUAAAGCUUGUGAGCUUUUCUUGCAGUGGUUUCUUAGGCUUUUUCAACAAAAUAUCCAUAAACUUGCUUAUUUCAGUAAAAAAUGAAAUUAAUGUGUGAAUAUGUCAUCAGGCUGUGAAGGAAUACGCUUUUGAAAUAAACCCUGAUUUUUUUUUUUCAAUGUUCUUCUUUUGCAUUAUGUGAACCAUUUCAGGAAUCUUUCCAUGACCUUCCAAAUACAAACUGGUGGAAACAAUUAGAUGGUUUAUUUCAAUCUCAAUUAAUUUAUCUUCAUAAGGUGUUGGACUGCUUCAAUAUAUACUGGCAUGCUGCCUGCAAAUCUCUGGAAAUCUACUGAAGGGACUAAAUGUGCUUCCAAAAUAUUUUCCCUCAUGUUGUGUUUUGAUGAUGGUGGUUGAGAGCAUAGCCUUGUUGGUCCUAAAUCACUCAUAGGUGUUCAGAUGACUUGAGAUCUAAUAACUACAAAACCCCCACAGCAUGUGACUUGCAUCAUUUUCCUACUCAACAAACCAUUCAGCUACCCCCUUGUUCCACAUGGAGCAUACGUGGGUGGAGGUAUGGUGGAUGCUGACUGAGCAAUUUACUGACCUUAAACAAUAUUCAUAGUAUGUUGCAACAGCUACCUUGACUCCCUCCAUAACUGCAAAAUAUUCAAAGACCAGCAUAUCAUAUAUUUUUAAGUAUUGGAAUUGAUCAAUAAAAUGCU